GUCAGCGAGCAGGCGUGGCUGCACCUCAGCGUGGCGGCGCUCAACUAUGCGUUCUGCGGCCGCUCGCAGGGAAGCUGGCGCCACAGGCUGACCCUGUCGAAGGCGCAGGCGCGGGUCUACGUGCAUUUGAAGAGCCGAGCGGCGGCCUUGGCGGAGGACCCGCUCGCUAUGGUCGUGGUCCCUGCGAUCGACGAGCUGGCGGGCGGCUGCGAGUCAGCGUGCGAGGGCGAGACAGGCGUGAAGGCCCUCCCCUGCCGGCUCUGCGAGCUGGCCCCUGGCCUGCCCACGCGGGAGUGCGCCGACACGCUCGACGCUACCGACUUCGUUGGCGCCGAGGUCGACGCCUGGCUGCGCCGCCCCGAGCUGGCGCUCCUCGACCAGUCCGACUGGCCCGACCCGUCGCCGCGGGCCCGCGUGAACGUGGAGACGGAGGCGGACUGGGAGGAGCUGGUGCUGCACCUCGUGUCGCUCAGCAUCUUCACCACGCUCGCGGAGAGCGAGCUGGUCCGCGUGAGGGGCGAGCCCGUGCUGAUCGGCCUGUUCGCGGUGGAGAAGAAGGGCACCCCAGCGCCUGACGCCACGCGGGUCACCAGGCUCAUCCCCGACAUGGUGCCAGGCAGCUCGCUCCUGAAGGCCCACGUGGGCGAGGCGGCGCUGCUCGCGGCCUCGGCGUCCUGGACGGCGGUCGUGGUCCCCGACGGGAAGCUGCUGCUGUGGUCGGGCGACGACCAGAAGGGGGCCUUCUUCGUGUGGCGGGUCUCGCCCGCGUGGCACCCCUACAUGGCCGUGGGGCGGCCGCUCGCGGGCGAGCUGUUUGGCCGCUCGGAGCCCGUCGUCUACGUGACCUCGGCUGUCAUCGCCAUGGGCUGGUCGCUUGCGGUGCCCGUCCUCCAGCACAUUCGCCGACGGCUGUGCCGCCUGGCGCCGCUCCUCGGGGCGGGGCUUCCCCUAGACGGGGAGUGGCGCAGGGAUUGGGCGCGGCCCCUGGUCGAGGCUGGCAGCGGCCAGGACGCUGGCUGGUGGCAGGGCUACAUCGACGACUUCGAUGCGCCGGAGAUCGUCGAGGAGGUUUUGGCCUGCAAGCUCGUGGGGGCCCCGAGCGACCUCCAGCUGCAGGUCCGCGCCAGCUGCGAGAGGGCGAGCGCCUCCUUCUCGGCCGAGAAGGCGCGCUGCAGGCAGCUGAAGGUCAAGCGCAUGGGCGCGGACGUCGACGGCGUCGGCGGGCGCCUCGCGGUCCCCGCCUCCAAGGCGCUGGCCACUGCGGGCCUUUGCUUGGCCGCGGUGCCGCGGCGCCUGGUCCCGUGGCGCGUUGCCAUGGCGGCCCUCGGCAUGCUCGCGAGGGUCCUCGAGUUCAGGCGGCCGCUCCUCGGGGUCCCGCACUCCGUCUGGGCGCUGGCUGCGUCCUCGGCGCAGGAGGCUUACCUGGACGCGGAGAUGGUGGAGGAUCUUCUCAUGGGCGUGAUGGUCCUGCCGCUGGCCGCCUCCUCGCUGCGGGCGCGCAUCGACGGCGUGGUCACGUCCUCGGACGCGCUGGAGAUGGGCGGCGGCGUGUGCACGUCGGCCGGCCUGCGCGAGGAUGUCGCCGCCGCCUUGCAGGUGCCGAGGACGGUCCCCGACCAGCUGGGGAUAGGGGCCAGGCUCCUCGUCAUGGCCGAGGAUCCCGCCCGACCGUGGGCGGCAGCCAACCCACGCGUCCCCGCCAGGGCAGUCCGCAGGGUGUUGUCGGUGCUGCUCAUCUGCCUGUUCGACGGCAUCGGAGGCCUCGCCGUCGCCUUCUCGAGGCUGCCCUUCCGCAUCGCGGCCUGCGUCGCGGCCGAGACGGACGCCAAGGCGAGGCGCGUUGUCAGGCUCCGCUGGCCAGGUGUCAUCGGCUGGGGCGACGUCACCCGCGUGGGCAGCGAGACGGUGCGGGACCUGUUCGAGGGGUUCGGCGGCCUCGUUGAGCCCGUGGCGGUCGCUGCGGGCAGCCCCUGCCAUCGCCUGUCGCGCCUCGACGUCGGCGGGCGCGGCCUCAGCGGUAGGGAGUCCUUGCUGUCCCACGAGGUGCCGCGUAUCCUGGCUCUCCUCGCCGCCGUCUUCAGGGACAAGCUCGUUUGGGUCGUGGAGAACAUGGCCAGCAUGUCCAGCGUCAAUGUGGAGCUGAUCUCGGAGGCGCUGCAGGUGAGACCGACGCUGGCGUGCUCGUCGGUGUUCGUGCCGUGCCGCAGGCCGCGCCUGUUCUGGACGAGCUGGGGCGUCACCUCAUCGGCGCCUCUUCGGCUGACCGACCGCGGGGUCUACGACGAGCUGGUGGGCCCUGGCGUCCCGCUUAUGGACUUCGCGUGGGAGGACGAGGGCGGCUCUUGGCCGGGGAGACCGGGGUGCACCUCCCUAGCCACCCAGGGCUCGAACCCUCAGGACGCCUUCGACGCCAGGGCCUUCCUCAUCGGCAACAGCUUCAGUAUUCACGACGUGGCAUGGUUGUGCCAGCAACUCCUGCACCGCCGCGGCGCGCUGGACAGGGAGUUGUCGAUAGAAGAGGUGUCCCCCGUCCGCGAGUGCCAGGUGACGUGGGACCAGGCGGGGGCCUUCGUCACGGGGCCAGGGGAGCCGGACACCGCGGAGGCGAGGCAGCUGGUCCUGCACUACCUCAGCCGCACGGAGAAGGGCGGGUCGGACGUCAGGCUGGACUACGGCGUCCCCUACCGCCCGCGAGGUUGGCCGAGGACGAACCUGGACCCGUUUGUGUGGAAGUGGCGCGUGGCGGUCAGCAUGGCGUGGUCCGGGCGGAACUCCACCCACAUAAGCGUGAGAGAGCUGCAGGCGGCCACGUCGGCGAUCAGGUGGCGCGCCCGCAAGGUCGUGCAGCACGGGAGCAGGUUCUUGCACCUCGUCGACAGCCGGGUGGUCGCGGCCAUCGUGACGAGGGGCCGCGGCAGCAGCAGGAAGCUCCAGCCCAUCCUGAUGCGCCGGAUGGCCGUCGUCGUGGCGGCCGACAUGUACCCACUGAUCGGCUACGUGGUCUCGGAGGACAUCCCCGCGUGGCUCGGAGCCCAGGAGGCGAGGGCGACCCGUGCCGCGCGCGCGGCCGUUCACCGCAGGCCCGUGCCCGCAAGGCGCCGCGGGACGCGCUGCCAGACUCUCUCUUCCCUGACAGUGUCGGCGGAGACGCGGCGGCGCUACGGGCGGGCCCCGCGGGCCCUGCUGGCCCACUUCGGAGCUGAGCAGGCGGGGGCGGACGCUUUGCGCGGGGACCCCGAGGACGCCGACGCCCUCGUCGCGGAGUACCUCGAGGACCUGUGGGCCUCUGGUGCGGGCAGCGCGGCCGCCAGCAACACGCUGGCAGAGGUGUGCUUCGCAACGCCUCGCCUGAGGCGACACCCUGGCCUGAGCGGGACUCUCCUCAGGGCAUGGAGGCAGCAUGGGCCAGCGCCCAGGGUGCUGCUGCUCACGACCCAGGCCGUCGCGGCCAUGGCGGGGAUCGCUUGCGCUGCAGGCGCUCUCGACGCGGCCGCCCUGACGGUGAGCGACAUCGUCGACCGCGACAUCGUCGACGAGCUGUUCGUGGUCCGCAUCAGCUCGUCCAAGACCGCGGACUGCGCGGAGGCAGUCAUCGUCCGCGGCAGGAUGGCCGUGGUGCUCCUGCGGAUGGCAGGCCGCGGCCUUGGCGCAGGUGCGCGGCUCUCCACCGCACGCCUGUGCAUCGAGGGCGCGGUGGCUAGCUCAGUGCCCGCCAGCCCGGGAGCAGGGCAGCCCGCGCCGUUGCGCGAGGACUGCGGCUCCUGCAGCUGGCCACUGUAA